AUGUUCGCGGGGCAGCAGCAGCCGCAGCCGCCCGCGCUGCCCCCGCACCUCCCGCAGCCGCACCAGCAGCAGCACCACUACUACCGGCGGCAGCAGCACUACAGCACCCUGCCCGCCCGCCGGGCCUGCCCGGAGCCGCCGCCCUGCCCCGAGCCCCCGCCGUGCCCGGAGCCGCCGCGGCCGCUGCCCUGCCUGGACCAGCCCCUGGACGGGGCCGUGGUGUAUGACCGGGUGCGCACCUACGGACCGGGCUGCCGCCGGCUCAGCGCGUCCUGCUCCUCCCGGGCCGCCUCGCCGCUGGACUGCGGCCACGGCUGCGACCCGCCGCAGGGCACUAUUCGAAGGAUCAUUAUCGAGAAUCCCGAUCAGGAGCCAUUAUCCCCAUUUCUCAGAGCGGGGACUUUCGGUCCUGGAAAUAAUGUCAUCUAUGAAAAGACAAUAAGAAAAUAUGAGCUAUUAAAUCCCCUCCAAGAGAAGCAGUUCCAGGUGUCCCAGCUGUGCCAGCAGGCAGAGCAGUGCCAGCCCUGCCCGGAGCCGGCCCCGGUCACCCACCAGUGCCAGCACACCCAGACCAGCAGCCCCGGCGAGGUGUUCCCGGUGUUCCCGGUGCCGGGGAGCGAUGACUGCCGGGCCCACACCGUCAGGAGGGUCCCCCUGCACUCCUGCGAGCCGGUGAACUGCUCCCAGGAGAGCCCGGACCAGCUGGACUGUCGCUACUUCGGGGAGCUCCUGGCUGAGCUGCACCGCAAGGGCAACGACCUGUACAGCUGUUUGCUGCAGCACGUGGAGAAGAUUGGAGGCAGGAACCAUGACAUCGAGUUCACAUCUCAGACUGAAGAUAUUGAAGAAUUAAUCCCCAAAGGACUGUCUGAGGCAACAAAGCAGCAGAUUCGUUAUCUCCUCCAGAUGAGAGCGACGUCGGAUAAAUCCCUGAGACUUGUGCUUUCCACUUUCAAGAAUCUCCGUGAGGAGCUGUGCCAUUUGCAGGAUGAUCUGGGGAAGCUGGAAACCGACAAUGUGUUGCUGAAGAAGGAUUUGGCUUUUAAGGAUUCUCAAGUAAAAGAAUAUGAAACCAUGCUGGCUUCUCUAAGGGAGAACAAUCGUCAGCAGCAGCAAGGGCUGAGGGACAGCACUGCCAAGUGCCGCUCUCUGGAGGAGCAGCUCCUGUCGCUGCGGCUCAGCGAGGGCGAGAAGGACUGUCAGCUGAAGGAGCUGGAGUACGGCAAGAGGGCCCUGGAGCAGGAGAUCCAGAGCCUCAAGCUGCAGAGCUGCUCCAGCCCCACGCUCCAGACCACCACAGAUGAGCUCUCCAGCAGAUACGUGGAGAUGAUCAAUAACCUGAGGGAGGACAAGGACCGGGAGAUCCGCAGCCUCAGGUCCCAGUUAUGCCAGUUCCAGCAGGACAUCUCCAGGAGGGAGGGGAGCAACAGUGACUUGCAAAUGAGGCUGCACGAACUGACAUCGAUGCUGGAGGACAAAGAGGCUUUUAUUAAACAACAGCAAGAGGAGCUCUUCAGACUGAAGCACGAGAAGUUAUCGGGCAGUCAGUCCCCUGGAGUGACAGCCAUCAUCACUAAAAAGUACAGGAAUCAGUACCCUAUUCUGGGCCUCCUGUCUGAUGACUACAAGGUCACAUCACCUGUCAAUAAAUCCCAAACUAUUGUCAUUGAGAGGACUGGGGAGAUAUGGAAACACGUAAGUUUACCUGGAGAGGGGCUGUUCCCUCAGCAAUCCCCAAGUGUUCAGUUUAACUCCAAAGCAAGUAUUGGCCAAACUGGCAGCUGA